CAAUUUCAAAGACAUUAUUAUCACUAAUAAAAUUGAUUUCAUUUUUAUUAAAAUACAAUAAUAUUUUAAUUAUUUAUUUAUUUAUUUAUUUCAACAAAAGUUUGUCAAACGAUAGGAUGAGUGAUAUUUUUAAUGAUAACGACAGCGAUAAUGAAGAUCUGGAGUUAGCCUCAAAAGAGUGGAACCGUUUAAAUGAUAACUUUGAAAAAGAUGGUUUCAGAGAUGGUAUACAAGAAGGCAAAGAUAAAGCUCUUCAGAUGUCAUUUGACAUGGGAUUCAAGCGAUCGUUUUCACCAUUUUUUGCCGUCUCUUCAUUUGAGGCCAUCAUUGAUACUUUGUCGAAGAAUUUAGAGACUAAUCAAGAAAUGGUCACCGAAUUGAUUGCAAUCAAAGACAAUAUAAAAUCAUUGUACGAAUCAAUUGAAAAGUAUUUAUUAAGUUUAGAGACAAACAAAUCGACAAUAGUUUGUGUCAAUCAAGAAAUUUGUGAAUCAUUUGAGUCUCAAAAACAAAAGGCAAUCAAAAUAUGUUUUGAAACCAGUUUUGAAUCAUUGAUACCAUUAAUCAAAGAUCACUCGAUUCUCAAUUGACACCAAUUUUUUAUAAUAAUAAUCAGUUAAUCACUAAAUACAGUAUUUUAUAUAUAAUUAACAUUUUU